AUGAUAAAAAUAAUGCUCCUUGGACGAUUUGGACAUGAACUCUUCAGAAAGCGGUGUUACCCUACGGAGUUUGAAUGUGUGCUAGAAGAUCCGCAAGUGUAUCGCCUCAGCACAAGUUCCUAUUUGUGGAAUAGGCAGGUAACCGGGAGGCCCGACCUAUUUACUAAGCGGCCAAAACAUUUUGCUGACACGGAAGAUUCGGAGGGGCUAAUAGCCAAAGAGCGCGUAACGUAA